GAGGAAGAAGAGGAAGAAGGGGAGAAGGAAAAGGAAAAACAAAAAGAAAAGGAGACGGAGGGAAAGAUACUGCCGCCCAUCCCGUCGGCGUCCACCGCGGCUGCCGGGGGGUUGGAGGAAGGAGCCAAAAAUCAGUUUUCCACUUUCAGCAAUUUCAUCACUACUAUCAACCAAAAGAAAGAAGGCAUCGGAAACAGAAAUUCGCCUACACAACUUGUUAUACCCAACAUCAAAAACGGGAGAGACCUGCCACCUCUUUGCCUUGAUGUACGGCAAAAGCAGCGCAUGUCUAUAGAUACUUUACCCCAAGAACUGAAAGCACCAUUUCCUCCUGAGCCUUCCCUUCCAAUUCGAACCAAAACUGUGAAAGAUUUUCAGGAUGAUAUGGAAAAGUCGAAGGCAUCGGGAGAUUGGAAAGCUGUACAUAAUUUUUAUUCUACAACUUUUGAUUCUUUCUUGGAGAUAAAUGCUGCAUUUAAGAAAGAUACCAAUUCUCCAUUUAAUACCAUUGAGGAUUCUGGAAUCGAUGCAAAAUUUGUGAAUGUUGUCUAUGAUGCCUUAUUAAAUACUCCUCAAGAUGUCCAGAAGUCAGUCCUAAAAGGAAUAAUUAAUGGUCUACUACAAGAAUGGACAGGGCCACGAACAAAAGAUGAUCUUAGAGCAUAUUGUAUACUUUUGCAGAAUCCUCAAUUUAGUAACACUUCUACUUAUGUCAUCUAUGCUCACUUGCUAAGACAGAUAGCAGCCUUAACAGAAGCUGACCAUCAUUUCCUAGUGCACUGGUCUAAAAAGAUUUCACAGAAGAGGUUCAAGCAGGUGGUGGACAGGUUACUGCAAUUUAUUUCUUUACGGCUGUUUCCUGCAAAACCUGAAGAGUUUCCACCUAUGGUGAAAUGUACCUGGUGGAUUCCAUCAGCAACAAAAGUCCUGGCUUUAUUUAAUGCUGCAAAUAGUCUGAUUAGCCCUCCUAUUAUUUCAUAUACGGAUUUCUAUAAUUCUACACUUGAUCAUAUUGAUCUUAUGGAAGAAUAUCAUAACUGGCAAUGUUAUGGGAAUUCUCACAGGUUUUCUUUCUGUCAAUACCCAUUUAUUAUUUCUAUAGCAGCAAAAAAAGUGAUUAUUCAAAGGGACUCAGAACAACAAAUGAUAAGUAUUGCACGGCAAAGCCUUGUGGAUAAAGUCUCUCGGAGACAGAAGCCUGACAUGAAUAUGUUAUUCCUAAAUGUGAAAGUGAGGAGGACACACCUUGUUAGUGAUUCACUUGAUGAGCUAGCAAGGAAGAAGGCAGAUCUGAAAAAGAAGUUAAAAGUCACAUUUGUAGGGGAAGCUGGUCUUGAUAUGGGUGGACUGACAAAAGAAUGGUUUCUUCUUCUGAUUCGACAGAUUUUUCACCCAGAUUAUGGCAUGUUCACCUACCACAAGGACUCGCAGUGCCAUUGGUUCAGCAGCUUUAAAUGCGACAACUAUUCGGAAUUCCGGCUGGUUGGAGCCCUUAUGGGACUUGCUGUAUAUAACAGCAUCACCUUGGAUAUUCGUUUCCCACCUUGCUGUUACAAGAAAUUAUUAAGUCCUCCCAUUGUUCCCUGUGAUCAUAACACACUUGUAGGCAUCUGUGGUGUCACAUUAGAUGACCUGUUUCAGAUUAUGCCUGAAUUGGCACAUGGACUGAGUGAACUUCUAUCCUACGAAGGCAAUGUUGAAGAGGAUUUUUACUCAACCUUUCAGGUUUUUCAGGAAGAAUUUGGUGUUAUAAAAUCUUACAACUUAAAGCCAAAUGGAGAUAAAAUCCCAGUCACAAAUAGGAAUAGGAAAGAAUAUGUGCAGCUCUAUGUUGAUUUUCUUCUCAAUAGAUCGAUCUACAAACAAUUUGCAGCUUUCUAUUAUGGAUUUCAUAGUGUCUGUGCUUCGUAUGCAUUACUGCUACUUCGUCCAGAGGAGGUUGAAAUUCUUGUCUGUGGCAGUCCUGAACUGGACAUGUCUGCUUUACAGAGAAGUACCCAGUAUGAGGGCUACCAAAAAACUGAUCUGACUAUACGAUACUUCUGGGAUGUAGUACUUGGAUUUUCCCUGGACCUUCAAAAGAAGCUGCUACAUUUUGCUACAGGAAGUGAUAGAGUGCCUGUGGGAGGAAUGGCUGAUCUGAAUUUCAAGAUUUCAAAGAGUGAAACAUCAACUAAUUGGUUACCUGUGGCACAUACCUGCUUCAACCAGCUUUGUCUCCCUCCUUACAAGAACAAGAAGGAACUGAAGCAAAAGUUAAUAAUUGGAAUUUCAAAUGCAGAGGGGUUUGGUCUGGAAUAAGAUUAAAUACUCCAAGAACAGCAUUUUUAUGUAGCAUUCACUCUCUUCUGAUUGUGCCUUUAAGCUUUUCAUUGUUGUGUCUCUUGAUACUGUGCCAGUUUUAUUGCAUUUAGAUAAUUUUUUAAUUAAAUAUGAAGUGUAUGGGUUUUUUUCCUGAAUGGCAAUAUAUUUGCUGCUUGCUUUGUCACAGAAAAUAGAUUUCUUUGUACAAAAAGCUCAUCUGUUUGAUAAAUGAAACCCAACUAAGGUAAUUCCCAAGUUUUAGGUUUUUCUUAAUAGCACUUUAUCAUUAAUCAUGAUUCCUUUACAUCAAGGUAUCCCACUGGGCGGUGAUAUACAGAAUAUUUCUCUAUCAGUAAAUCCCAGUGGUAGAUUGUUUUCAAUUAAUAUUAAUAAUAGA